AUGGCAUAUCUUUACGAACAGGCUCAGGAUGACAUCCAGAAAGCUACAAUAGUAGUUGUGAAAGAGCAUGAGACUGGGGAGGUGGUAGGAUCGGCAAUACUUUAUCACCCCGAUUCCAUACUAGGAAGGCUGUUUCCUCUCGAAAACGGCCGGAUGGGUGGCGUGACAGGUAUGAUGAUAUCGGAUAAUCGACAACCAGAGCUUAUCGCCCAGGCGCUUCUUGUUGGUGCUGCUGAGCAAUUGAAGGAACGAGAAUUUGCAGGGUGCUGCGUGUUUCUUGCCGACCAAGAACCUUUACGCAAAAUGCUUACCGAACUAGGCUUUCAAAAGGUAUACGAAUUCCUUGGGAUGGAGCAACAAGUUUGA